AAUACAUUCAUGCCGUCAUGUCGAGUUCAUCCGAAGAAUCAAAAUCGUCGGAGUUAGGCAUUUCCAGUUCUGAAAGUACGGGUAGUUUAAGUCCACCAAGUUCUCUAGAAUCAAAAUCUCCCCCAAGAAGCACAUCUCAGUGGAAUAGUUCUUUUGUUGACACACUUGGGGUGCGACAGGUAGAAGAAGGCAUUUUUGAAAUUAUCACACAAAGAUGGCGUUUGGUAUGUUUAACUGAGGAUGAAGAACUGGAAGCCGAGAAGUGCCUUUCCUCUUGUGAUUUACAAUUAAGUUACUCCUCCUUGGAGACAGUGCCUGCUACAAACAUCUAUGAAAGCGGCUGGGUACUAAACCCCCAGCAGAUGGAAGAAAUUAAACGUUUUCCAUUGCUUAGCAAGUUUCUUGUGAAACUAGAUGACUUCAAUUUUGUGAUGGCAGAAAUAAUCGUUGGAAUUAAUUCAAAGUCAGGAAUAUCUGAAGGCAGAUAUGAGGCAUUAUUUGACAAGCUCUUGCAACUCUUUGGAUUAUAUACUUUGAACCACUCGUUUAUAAGUACUGAGAAAACUAUGAUCAGAGGGAGAAGUAUGUCUUCAAAAGCUGACAUAAUCGCUUAUUCCAAAGAGAGACAAAAAAAAAAUUCAGAGAGGAAAGUUGUUUUUAUUUGUGAGGUGAAAAAAGACCUGCAACAGGAAGAACCAGUUUCUUCCCCGCCUAGGAAGAAACUAAGAUCCAGCACACAUACACUGGAAGAACCUGAGUGUUCAUUCAUAGGGGAUCAAAAUCUGUGGAUGCAACAUAUCGGGGAACUUUUCGUUUACCUUGAUUCAUCCUUGAGCUCAAUGGGGACACUUGGCUUCACUAUUGAAAAGACUUGGGUACGAGUAACAUACCUUGAAGUGACUAAGUCUGCUUGGAGCAAAAUUAAAACCACCCCCGGUAAUAAAACUGGAUCUCUGAAAUAUGAGGAAGGGGAGCAGCCUAGAUUUUUCUACAGUAAACGAUACAAUUUUUUAAAUAGAGAAGAUCGUAAGGUCUUGUUCAAAGCACUCGUUCUCAUUAAGAUUAUGCAGGAGAGACGAGACAAAGAUGAUCAAAAAUAGAAUUGGAAAACUAAUCUAUAAAAAAAUUGAUGGAUGGUAAAGGAGCUACAGUUCCUUGUGUGAUAAAAGUACAAUUUACAGUACACAAAAUAUCUACAGGUACUCGUUUUGGACUGAUAAUUUUUUUUCACAAAUAAUUGCACAGAAUGUGAAAAUAAGGUGAAUCAUCCAAAACUAGCUCAAAUUUUUGUGCAAAGUAAAUUGCAAGUUUUUAACACAUAGAAACUAUAACUCCCAGGUUGUCUGAUUUUUUUUACCUGAAAUUAUAGACCUGCAGCUAGCUUAUAGAGCACAUUAUAAAGGUAAAUAAAUGUAUGUAUCUUGUAAUAUAGUUUUAGAUUUGACAAUUUUUUUUAUACUUGUUGAAAUUCAUGAAAGAGAAAUAUUGCAAUUUUUAUGCCCCCCUUUGAAGAAGGGAGGGCAUAUUGCUCUGCUGCUGUCUGUCGGUCAGUCGGUCUGUCGGUCCAUUUAGUUUCUGUUCAUUUUCUUCAAAACCAUUGCACAUACUGAAAUGAAAUUUGGUAUACAGGUAUAUCAGUUGAAUAUCUAGGUCAAGUUUUGUUUUGGGUAUAAUAGCACCAUGUUUUACAGAGUUAUGCCCCUUGGACUUAGAAAAAUUCCAAUUAUUUGCAGUUUCCGUUCAUUUUCUUUGGAGAGGUUGCACAUAUUGAAAUGGAAUUUAGUAUGCAGAUUAGUCAGAUGAAUAUCUUGGUCAAGCAAUGUUUUGGGUUUGAUCACACCAUUUUUGACAGAGUUAUGCCCUUUUGGACUUAGAAAAAUUCCAA